AUGUCUGCAAAUGAAGUACAAGGCAAUAACAAUAAUCAGUUAGAAAAACAAGAUAGUCAAACAGGACCUGAUGAUAAAAAACAGAUAAAUGGUAAAGAUGUCGUUGCUCAAAAAGUGACAGGAACUGUCAAAUGGUUUAAUGUUAAAAGUGGUUAUGGUUUCAUUCAUCGUGAAGAUGUUGAUGAAGAUAUAUUCGUUCAUCAAACAGCCAUCGUAAAAAAUAAUCCGAAAAAAUAUUUACGAAGUGUUGGUGAUGGCGAAAAAGUCGAAUUCGAUAUCGUUCAAGGUGAAAAAGGUUAUGAAGCAACAAAUGUAACAGGUCCUAAUGGUAUUAGUGUGCAAGGUUCAAAAUAUGCUGCCGACAGACGACAAUUUAAUACACGUGGUGGCUUUCGCGGACGUCCGUUUCGAGGGCGUGGUGGUCCAUUUCGUGGCCCAUUCCGAGGAGGCUUUUUUGGUCGCGGUGGUGGUAUGCGUGGAGAUGGAUAUGAUGGUGGUUAUAAUGAUGAUUUUCAGGGUGGUUUCGAUGGCAACUAUGGUCCACCUCCAAUGGUAAAUCGUGGCGGUCCAUUUGCUCGACCUCCUCGAGGAUUCAGAGGAAGAGGAGGGUUUAGACCACCAAUGCAAUAUCGUCGCGGUGGUGGUUACGAUGGCGGCUUCAAUGAAGGAUUCGAUCAACCGAUGGGACCAUUUGACGAAAAUUUAUCUGGUCCACCUAUGAUGCGAGGAGGAGGUCGUGGCCCAAGAAUUUUUAGAGGACGUGGUGGUUUUGGUCGCGGUGGUCCCAUGGGUAUGGGAAUGAGAGGUGGUUUCGGUCCAAGAGGAUUUGGUCGAGGACGUGGACGACCUCGCGGUCGAUUCUUUCGUGGAGCACGACGAGGAGGCGGACAGAAUGGCGACAAUGGCAAUGAUAACAUGCCCGUUACGGAUGUUACGAAUAGCCAAACCAGUGUCUAG